AUGGAAGACAACAAUGAACAAGUCCGUCUCACAGACGUCGUGGUGGCUCAGCCCACCGUGGCAGAGCAGAAUGAGCUUAUUGCGCAGCUGAUGCAGCAAAUAGCUGACAUGAGGGUAGAGAUGCAACGGAGGCAAGACACUACUCCGCCCGGAUUCGGCCCCGACUUUCUCGACGCAAGACCUCCUACAUACUUCCCCUCGUCCAACUCGGAUCCUACUCAGCACCGUCCAUCGACACCCGUGCACAACCCGUCUGGGGUAGAUAUGACAACCCAAAACCCCCAAUACGCCUCAGUCUCCUACCAAACUCCCUCACCACUCCCAAACAAUCCACCACAAAUACCACCACACCCCCAAAAUACUCAAACAGCCCCACUACCCCAAAAUCAAACCCAAAAUCCCACCGCCUUCAAUUCCCAAACACCGCAUCCCCACUUAAACCAAAAUACCAAUCCCCAAAAUUAUCCGCAAAACUAUCAAACCGCACAGAACGUCCCAAGCCCUUCCAUAGCUCCACCCCUCCCCAAAAGAACCACAUUCCAAGUCCCCGUCCCGGCCGAGCAUGAGGUGCACGGCUCCGAGUUGGACCAUUAUGAGGAGCAAGAAAGAGAGUGGAGGGCGAGGGAAGAAGCGAAGGUAGACAUAAAGGAGGAGAUCAAGAGGGCAAUGAGAGAAUUGCAAUGUACUCCAGACGUCGCCGGGCUAAGCUACGCAGAACUAUGCAUCCACCCAGACUUGAACCUACCUGAAGGGUUCAAAAUCCCGAAGUUUGAUACCUUCGGAGGGGUGGGCAACCCCAUGGCACAUCUAAGAGCGUACUGUGACCAACUCGUGGGAGUUGGCAAAGAUGAAGCGUUGCUGAUGAGGUUGUUCAGCCGAAGCCUGUGCGGUGAGGCCUUGGAAUGGUUCACAUCCCACGAGACUCGACAGUGGCCCAGUUGGAGCGCGCUGGCUAAGGAGUUCAUCGACAGAUUCGCGUACAACGUCGAAAUAGUCCCUGAUCGUUACUCCUUGGAGAAGAUGAAGCAGAAGCCCACAGAAAGCUAUCGUGAGUUCGCGUACAGAUGGAGGAAGGAGGCAGCGAGGGUGAGGCCUCCAAUGACAGAGAAGGAGAUUGUAGAGGUGUUCAUACGGGUGCAGGAGCCCGAGUAUUAUGACAGAGUCAUCUUAUUAAUCGGCGCCAAGUUCGCCGAGAUAGUCAAAGUAGGUGAGACUAUCGAGGAUGGCCUGAAGUCGGGAAAGAUAGCCCGAGUGUCUGCAUCGCCUGGGUCUUCCGGACUGGUAAGGAAGAAAAGAGAGGAGGUUAACGCUAUCUCACACGGGGGAAGAAAAGCCCCCAGAAACUUACCACGUCCCCAAGGCCGCUCCAAUCCUCCAUCAAAGCCUCAUCAAGCCUACCAUCCACACUCAAAUCACUCCGGCCACUACAAUGCUGCCCCCCAUUAUCCAGAUGCCCAUAUUUUAUCAUAUCAGAAUCCGCCCCCGAUUCCACAAAAUUUUCCCUCCACAUAUCCAAACCACCCCCAAGCUUAUCAAGUCCCUCCCCAUUACCAAAAUGUCGCUCCUAGCUGCGCUAAUGUACAGCCAAGCUAUCGAGCACCGUCUCCCGCAUAUCAGAUACAAACCCCAGCAUAUCAAAGCCCCCAUCCAAAUUACCAAGCCCCAAUGCCAAACCACCAAACAAAUCCCUACCCCAGAGCCCAAGCUCCACGACCAAACGCCCGCAAUUACCAACAAGUCCCUCCCCCUCAGCAGGGCGGGUAUGAUUCCCCUCGCCCCAGGUUUGAGAAGAAGCCCUCCAGAAGCUUCACCGCGUUGGCUGAAAGCAGAACUAAAUUGUUCGAAAGAUUAGCCGCGGCCGGAUACAUCCACCCUGUGGGGCCCAAGCCCGUGGAUGUUAAUUCCAGAUUCUACAGACCGGAGCAGAGAUGUGCUUAUCAUUCCAACAGUGUUGGACAUGAUACAGAAGAUUGUAUCAAUCUCAAGCACAAGAUCCAGGACUUGAUUGACCAGGAAGUGGUCUCCCUUCAGCCUGCGGCGCCAAACGUCAACACGAAUCCGUUGCCAAAUCAUGGAGGUGGAAACAUCAACAUGAUAGAAACUGACGAAGAUGAGCGCGAAGCCAGGAGAAUUACUCCUGUUGUUCAGGAAGACUUGGAAAGGGAUGUAGCUUCUUUGAGCGUCAGGGAAAAGGGAGAGUUUGUCAUCCUGACACCUGCAAAGGCUGUUGCCUUAGUGCCUGCAAAGACUCUCGCCAAGCCCAAGUUCGUUAUAGAAACGGCCGCGGCUCAAGGCAUGACUAGAUCUGGCAGAUGUUUCACUCCUGACGAGCUUGCUCUCGGAGGACAAAAGAAGGAUCAUGCCAAGAGACCGAUCAGCGAAGCAGAAGCUGAAGAGUUCUGGAGGAGAAUGCAACCCAAAGACUACUCCAUCGUCAAGCACUUGGAGAAAACUCCAGCCCAAAUUUCGGUGUGGGCCCUGCUGAUGAGCUCCUGGUCCCACAGACAGGCUUUGAUGAAAGCCCUGGAUGACACAUAUGUGCCCUCGGGUACGAGCAGCGACAAUGUAGCUGCUAUGAUUCACCAGGUCAUUCGGGGGCACCGGAUCAGCUUUUGUGACGAUGAGUUGCCAGUCGAAGGGAGGGCCCACANACCGGCCGAAGGGAGGGCCCACAACAAAGCUCUACACAUCACCCUGAGGUUUGACCUCGGAAAGUUGGAGCAAAACCAGGUCAAUGUGAGAGCAUUCGACGGUGUUCAGAGAGACACGUUGGGAGCUGUGAACCUGACCAUCCAAAUGGGCCCCGCGGAAUUCGAGGCAAAGUUCCAGAUGUUGGACAUCGACACCAGCUAUAACCUCCUGUUGGGAAGUCCAUUCAUCCACGCGGCUGGAGCCGUCCCCUCCACUCUCCACCAAAUGAUAAAACUGGUGUGGAAAAAUGAAGAACUGGUUGUUCAUGGUGAAAAGGGUCAAUCGGGAAGGCAAGUGCCGGUCUCGGACGAGACACCGCAAGGUUCAGACUUCUACACGGUGAAGUUGGUAAAUGCCACCGAUGAGGGCUUGGCCCCGCAGACUCCCAUGCCGGCCGUGUACAAAAUGAUCGCCACGGUAAUGCUGCAGAGCGGAUUCGAACCAAGUUUCGGAUUAGGAAAGAGAUCAAAGUAUGGUUUGGGGUAUAUCCCCACAGAUGAUGAUGUGAAGAUGAAGAGGAAAAGGGAUCAAGGGUUGACUAAGCCGAUCCCGCAUCCCUAUCAAUCCUUUCCAGUCCGGGAGCAUGCCGAGCCUGACGACAAUGGGGAAGGAAUUUUUGACCUUUUCCAGGAGAUCAAUGCCAUCAUCGAGGAGGAGGCUAAGCCAGCUGGCUGUCGUGAUGCUGAACCAGGGGAGAUGCUGCAAAAUUGGACGUCCACGCCGAUCCUGAUGUCCCGGACUCUUUGGUAG